GAUUCAAAGGACGGGGGUUGUGCUCUCUCAAACUGACAACGAAGCUCUGCAACUUCCUGCUGCAGAUCAAAGCGACUCCUUCCAGCCUCCAGGUCAGUCUCUCUCUCUCUCCUCUCUUUUCUUCCUCCUCCUUCCUCUUUUCUUUCUUUUUCUUCACAAACCCUAGUUUCUUUAUUUCUUCUUCAUUUUUUUUUUUCUUUUUCCUUUUUCACAAACCCAGAUUCUUUCUUUCUUCUUCAUCUAUUUUUUUUUUUGUUUUUUUUUCAUUUUCCUUUUUCAAAACCCCAGUUUCUUUCUUUUUCUUUUCUCUCUCCUUUUUUUUUUUCCCCCCGUUUUUCACUAACCCCAGUUUCUUUCUUCUUCAUCUAUUUUUUAUUUUUUGUUUUUUGUUUUCCUUUUUCAAAACCCCAAAUUCUUUCUUUUUCUUUUCUCUCUCUCCUCCCCCCCUCCACUAACCCCAGUUCACAAACCCGUCUUCUUCUUUUCUGGUAUUUUUCCUUUUUUACAGACCUUAAUUUCUUUCCUAAUUUCUUUCUUCUUCUUCUUCUUCUUCUUCUUCUUCUUCUUCUCUGUUGUCUUUAUUCUUGCUUUAAAUUUUAGCUUGUGUGAGUCGUGACUUAUUGACCUGUAAAUGAAUUGGAUUUCAUCUUUGAUUUAAUUUCAACUAUUGCAUAUGACUUAUGAAUUUGUAGCAAAUAGGAAUUUAUUUUUUCUUUGCUGACUGUUCUUUCUUUGCUGACUGCUGUAAGUAUGGAUUUUUUUUCUUUUCUUUUUAUGUCUAGGGAAUUAGACAUGUCAUUGUCUACAUCAGUUGCUAGUUGUACUCCUCAAUUCGAACAAGAUGAUAACAAACCACUUUGGAACUAUGUCACACAAUUAGAAAAAAUUGGUGGUGGAGGAGGAAAUUUUUUAUUCAAAUGCCACUUUUGUAAUAACGAAUUCAGGGGGUCUUGUACAAGAGUUAAAGCCCACUUGUUGCAGAACACUGGUAUGGGUAUUCGUAUAUGUCCAAAAGUCACAUAUCAGAAUAUUGCAGAAAUGCAAAAAGCAAUUGAAGAAGCCGAAUUGAGAAUUAAAAAUUCUAAACCAAAAAAAGUUCCUUUGCCGCCGUCUAGUGCAUCAUUGGGUGGUACUACUAGUCUCACUCAGGAGGCUUAUGUACCAAAGAAAAGAAAGGCAAGUGGGGGUGCCAUUGGGAAGGCAUUUAAUAAUGAUGCUUGGGAACAAUUGCACUCAGAGAUUGCUAGGAUGUUUUAUUCCGCAGGAUUGCCGUUUCAUCUAGCAAGAAACCCGUAUUAUGUGAGUUCAUACAACUAUGCUGCAAAUAAUCCUCUGUCAGGUUAUUUGCCUCCGGGUUAUAAUCUAUUGAGAACCACUCUACUUCAAAAAGAAAAGGCAAAUAUUGAUAGAUUAUUGCAACCAAUUAGGAGUACAUGGAAGGCAAAGGGUGUUAGCAUUGCAAGUGAUGGUUGGAGUGAUCCACAAAGGCGGCCUUUAAUUAAUUUUAUGGCUAUGACAGAAGGAGGUCCCAUGUUUUUGAAAGCUGUUGAUUGUUCCGGUGGAAUUAAAGACAAGUUUUUCAUUUCCAAUUUGUUGAAGGAAGUCAUAAAUGAGGUUGGCCCCCAAAAUGUGAUCCAAGUAAUUACAGACAAUACCCCAAAUUGCAAGGCUGCUGGACAACUAAUUGAAGGGCAAUUCCCUCACAUUGUUUGGACACCUUGUGUGGUCCAUACUCUUAAUCUUGCCCUCAAAAAUAUUUGUGCUGCAAAAAAUGUGGAAAAGAAUGAAAUUGCAUAUGCAGAGUGUGGUUGGAUUCUUGAUUAUGCUGAUGAGGUUACAAUAAUAAAGAAUUUCAUCAUGAACCAUUCAAUGAGAUUAGCUAUUUUCAAUGAGUUUGUCAGCUUGAAGUUGCUUUCAGUUGCAAAGACACGCUUUGCUUCUGUUAUUGUGAUGAUGAAAAGAUUUAAACUUAUAAAAGGUGGUCUCCAAGCAAUGGUCAUAAGUGACAAGUGGACUUGCUAUAAGGAGGAUGAUGUAGGAAAGGCCGAUUAUGUGAGAGAGAAGCUGUUGGAUGAACAAUGGUGGGGAAAGAUUGAUUAUAUCCUUUCCUUUACUUCACCUAUUUAUGACAUGCCAAGGGCUCGUGAUACCGAUAAGCCUUGUCUUCACUUAGUUUAUGAUAUGUGGGAUGCAAUGAUUGAAAAAGUGAAGAUGGCAAUAUAUAGGUAUGAAAGAAAGCGACAAAGUGAAAGUUCUUCCUUUUAUGAAGUGGUGCAUGGGAUACUUGUAGCUCGUUGGAACAAGAACAAUACUCCGCUUCAUUGCUUGGCAGAUUCACUAAAUCCAAGGUAAAUCAUUAGAUAUUAAUUUGUAAGCUAAAGAAGUUU